UAUAGACAAUUCAUGAUAUGUUAAUGAUAUGUUAUUUAGAAUAAUUAUGUUCAAUGAAUCAAGUCAGGGCUACCUUCAACAACGAAACAUUUGAAAGUCAAGUGGACGCUGAGAAGAAAGUUCAGAUCGGGCUUUUACUUCUUACAGGGAGUUUUAGAACUGUUUUAGCAAUAGAAGGUAAAGAUGUUUACAGACAAACAUUUGAAGAAGUUCCCAAGGAGAACUGGAACAUAUGUUUUACAAAUGAGACAUGCUCAACUGAUAUAUCUGACGUAGAAGAAAGUCAUUCAGCAGAUUCAACGAGAGCAAAUGAACCUCAAGGUGAUAACAUGUGUAACAAAAUAAACAGUGAGAAAGAUGAAAAUAGUUUAUCACCAUUUAAUGUAGACAAAAAUUUCAACUUUAAGAUCGAAGAUAUGAUUAACAACGUUUCUGACGUUAAUAUAAAGAAGGGUGUUGAUUGCAAUGGAAUUUGCGAUGAACUCGGAAGCAAUGAUGAGGCAGAAGUAUUAAAACGAGAUGAAGAAAUCAACUUAUCUUUUGAUAGCAGUGACAUCAACCCACAUGCAUUUUAUGUAGAUAAAGACGAUUCCUUACUUAAAGAGCCGUCAUCAUUUAGCCAGGACCCCUACCAUGAAUUGAGAAAUAAAAAACAAAAGGCGCUAAGCAACGAAACAGUUGAUAUACGCAGGAACAGAACUGAAUUGUUGAAAACCAUGCGUUCUGAUAAAUUAGCCGAAUACUUUUUUGAGCACUCUUUAAUAAUGAAGACAAUUUUAAACGAAAAACGAAAUUGA